UCCUCUGCCCAAAUGUGUCCUCCGCGGAGCACUGACAGCGCUGACUGGGAGGUCGAUUACGAGUCCUGAUUUAAGCAGGGUGUGGAAAACGUAAUUUCUGUAACGAGUUUCGCCGAAAGAGAAUAAACAGCAGACCCACUGAGUUGGCACCGUUUAUUCAAAGAGGAUGGCAUCCCCUUCACCCCAUGACCGCAGCCGUAAAGACGAUGAUGAGGAUGACCCUGUUGACCAGAUGAUAUCCCGCACUGGCUGUGCUGAGCUCCACUAUUCUGUUCAGGAGUGCAUGGCUGAACACCAGGACUGGCGCAUGUGCCAGAGACAGGUCCAGGUUUUCAAGGACUGCAUGAUGAAUUUCCAAAUCGCACGGAAAGAACAGCUGAUGAAGCAGCAGCGGCAGCCGACCUCCACUGAGUCUGCACCCAGCUGAACUCACAACACCCCCUGAAAAGACUGUACAUAACUUAAUUAUUGUUCAUAAAAUAAAGUAUGAUUAGCUACAACAAA